AUGCAUUUCUCAGCUUCGCUCUUCACGGCUGCCUCUCUGUUAGCCAACACCGUUGCCUGCCUCCCUGGUGUUCUCCCACGAGGCAGUUCAGACACCACAUCCAGCUCAAGCCCUACACCGAGCAAUCUGGCUCUAUUCCAACAACUUGUUCUCGUCCCAUCUUCUGUAGACCGUUUCAACAUCCUCACAGAUGCCGACCUUCUCUUCUCGUUCAACGACUCCUCCGCUCAUCCAAUCGGCUCUCCAGGUGUCAGCACUGGUCAAGGAGGACAGUUAGUCCGUGCAGACCAAUCUACCUUCCCCGCAUUAUACAUGCAACAUGGAGCCAUGGCCCUCGGAUUCAUUGGCCCUUGUGGCUUCAAUACGCCUCACGUCCAUCCCCGUGCCAAUGAGCUAUUCCUCGUCUUUGAAGGUCGCUUGAACACAAGCACCAUGCUGGAGAAUGGUGGACGACAAAUCCAUAACAUGGUCAACACUCUGCAAAUGACCAUCUUCCCUCAAGGAAGUGUGCAUAUGCAGUUCAAUCCUGAUUGUACUCCGGCGAUGUUCGUUGCUAGCUUUACGGGGAGCGACCCUGGUCUUGCUCAGAUUGCACAGGAAUUCUUUGGUUUCUCGGAAGAGGAGGUUAACGCUGCUGUGGGUGGACCGGUGAUGGUUGAUGGUGCGGAUGUAGAUGGAUUUAGGAGUAAGAUUCCUCCUAAUGUUGCGCAAGGUGUGGAGAGUUGCUUGACGAAGUGUGGGAUCAAGAAGAAGUGAAGAGGCCAUUGAUGUUAUUUUUUUGGUGGAUGAAUAGUGUUCUUCAUUCCGUAUGGGUGCUGUAUGGUAUCGAUAUCUGGGUGAGAGAAAUGGGAUGGAGUCCUAGACCUGUUAAGUUCAGCUACAGCUGUCCUAAGC